CUCUUAUCAUUGGUCAGUCAUCAGUGGCCACUGGUCAGUAACAGACAUAAGAUGGCCAAGACAACACUGCUCAACAUCAUUUCUCUUCUUGUUCUUGUUACAGGAUGCAGAGCUAUUGAUGACACCUGCAUCGCGUGUCUGUGUGAGUUCAUCAGCUAUGGGACCGAGUGUAACUUCAUGGUCGGUUGUCAAAACGGUGUGUGUGGACCGUACGGAAUCACCAUGCCAUUCUGGAUUGAUGCUGGAUCUCCUACAAUCAAUGGAGCAGUUCCUUCAUCUUCAGAAUACCAGCAGUGUGCAGUGGAUGUGAAAUGUGCAGAAACCACAAUUCGUAACUACAUGACUAGAUACAGCCAGGAUUGUAAUGGUGAUGGAAAAGUUGACUGCCUUGACAUUGCGGCUAUCCACGCUAAUGGACCGUUUGGCUGCAGAAAUCCGUUGAGAGUCGGAUCAACAACUGCACUCCAAAACUGUCUGGAUCGAUCCAACAGUAUAACUGAUGGUGAUAGCAGGGAUGCUGAAAUGAUCGAUGUGCGACUUUCAAAAUACCAAGAUUAUUGAUGAGCUUGUUGAGUUAAGUUGUACUCACAUGUUAUGUUCGGAGGAACAAUUUGCUGAACAAAUGGCAAAGACAAAGUGAGAUUAGAAUUUUUGAAAAAAGAUUGUUGUUUUAAAAAAGGAAAACAUUCUUAUUGAAUUAUUCUUGACAAAUUGUAACCUUACCCGUUUUUAUGUAACAAGUAAGAGAUCUAAAUUCCCAUCCAAUCAAUUUUUUUAGAACACAUUAAAUUAUAUCCCUAUACCCUGUAAUACAUGUUAAGUUUAUACACUGUAUAAUGAAUUAAUAUGUAAAUUUGUCCAUAAAAAAUAUGGGUAUUAUGGGUAAUGUUGGUUGGAAGCAUAAUAAUCAUAUUCAUAGAUGUCAUAGGUCGAUGUAAAGUAAAUAAUAGUCAUGUAUAUUUAUAGCUUAGCUGGACAUUUGAAUCGUGGUUUGUGUAAAAUGGGUGAAAUUUUCUGUGCAGCUUUUUUUAUUGUUACUGAUGGAGAUCAGCUGUUUUUAGCCACAAGCAUUUGUUAAAAUCAUUGACUUAAUAGUCAAAGUUAAAACCCAACGGCCAAAGAUAGCUGGCCCCAGUUGUGAACCAUCAAAAAGCUAGGUACUGAAUUUUCUUACAAUCACACCAUUGCAUGGUAUAUACGAGGCAUGUUUUUAAGUAAGUACCGUUUUUAAAUUUCUCUGUUCCAGUGCUGCGAUUGGCAAGCCUGCACCGGAAAUUCGGCAACAAUCGGCCGUAUUUACAUCCGGUUUUGAGCAUUCAAAAUGGUGCCACCAAUUGAAACUGCCACCGACUGUGAAGUGCGCACUGUAAUUAGAUUUUUAAGUGCUAAAGGUGUGAAAGCCACUAAAAUUCAUCCAAAAAACUAGUAAAAUAUGGCGAGAAUAUUACGAGUGACGGAAUGGUACGCAAGUAUGUGUAAGGGCAUUUAAAGAUGGCCGCACCAACGUUCAUGAUGAGCGGCCAUCUGUGAUUACUGAUGAAUUGAUGCUUAAAUUUGAUGAAAAAGUGAGAGAGAACAGUAGAUUAUCGACGAUCGAUCAACGAUUUAGGAUCUCAUCAUUAUUUGAGAAGUUUCCUUUACUCAUAUUGUUCUUGCCAUACACUUCACUAAUCUGACAAUGAAUUUCAAUGGUUUUCACACAUUUAGCACUUAAAAAUCUAAUUCCAGUGCACACUUCACAGUAGGUGGCAGUUUCAAUUGGUGGCACCAUUUUGAAUCCUCGAAACCGAAUGUAAACACGGCAGAUUGUUGCCAAAUUUCCAGCGCAGGCUUGCCAAUAGAUGCACAUACACAGAACAAAUGUCCAAAAUGCCAAUCACAGCGCUGGAUUGGAGAAAUUUAUAAACGGUUCUUACUUAAAAAAACAUGCCUCGUAUUACAACUAUACUAUAUUCUAUAAUGUUAAUCACAUAAGAAUAAUUGAGCGCUUUUCAAAAGUAAUAAAUAUUUAUUUGGUUUCACCUUUGACUAUUGAUACAACUUCAGCCUACCCAUAGAUACCUAUACUGUAAGUUAAAUGUAGUAAAUAUUGUAUAAGUAUGAAACCGUUAUAUGUUUUGGAAAACCUUGUAUAUAUAGUGUGUUCUUCAAAUUUUGGACUUUUGUCACUUUAUGAAUGAUAAAAGAAUAUGUAUUAUUUAUAAUCUGAUGUCUAUUCAACUUUUGAUAGACUAUUUUGUAAUAUAUAUAUUUUUUAACAGCCCUUUUUUUAUUAUUAAUUACUGAUUGUUAUUAGUCAAGUAUUUUUUAAGCUAUAUAAAUAUUUUUUGUAUCUUCACAGAUCAAUGAGUUUUAAUAAAAAAAAUUUGGAAAUUUAUAACUAAAAAAUUAUGAGUAAUUGUAUACUGUUUGUGUGU